GCCUACAAACUGUGCCCACAACGAACUGUCGCCAAGUGAAUCCUUGUAACCAUUUCUUAUUUGUGACAAACUAAAUACAUUUCACCACAUCCUAACUGGAACGAAAUAAUCGGAAAUAUUAAAAGCUAGUUCGAGUUGGUUCGUUUUUAUUAUUGGUAACAAUAUAACCAAAAUGGUGAUUAGCGAUGGACCUGAUCCCGAAAGUAUGGGCUGCGGGUAUAACAUGUUCAUAGAAAUAGAUGAAGUUAUUGCACUUGUCAAAAUGUUGAAGAAUCCCGAUUUGACAACAUCACUGAUCGAAAGGAAUCAGGAUCGUUUCACCUUUAUUUUAACGCAGUACCAGGAUCAACCACACUUGCUGGAUCCAUAUUUGGAUGAUAUUCUUAGUUCAAUGCUGGCAAUUGUGCGGGAUGAGAGUGUUUUGGACAGCGCAAAGCAUAACGUAUUCAAAUAUAUGUUUGUCAUUAUGUCAGUGAAAACCUAUAAGAAAGUUGCCUCGCAUCUUCCUCACGAGGUAAUGGAUCUCGUACCUGUUCUUCGAAUGCUAGAAAAACAAGACCCAAAUGAUGUGCUCACAUGGGAGACACGUUAUGUCCUUCUUGUUUGGUUAUCGAUCAUCUCUAAGAUACCUUUUCCUUUGUCUCGUUUGGAAAUUUCGGCUAAUGUUGAACCUGAAGAAACAAUUACAAACAGGAUAAUAAAGCUGUGCAAAUUGUAUUGCCUAUCAAAAGAUACCUGUUCUGUUGCUGCGGUAUUCCUGAUCGCUAAUUUUCUGAAUCGUUCGGACAUCAAAAAAUUAUAUCUGGAAGAGAUUAUUAUGUGGUGUUCCCAGAAUUUAGAAAUGGAGUCUGCUAUCCAUAGUGCAUUAGCCAUACUUUCCUCUAUUUUAAAACACUGUGCCCGCGAAGAUCUCAAACCAUACGCACUAGUGCUGUUGGACAAAGUCAUGACAAUGAAAUUAAAUGAAAAUUCAGAUUCACUCGUUCGAAAGUUUGCACUUAAAGUGAUACAGCGAAUCGGUUUUGUUCUGCUACGAGCAAAAGUGGCUGAUUGGCGAUAUCAGAGGGCAAGCAACCCAAUAAGUUUGUUAUCCGAGCAAAGAAAACAUACAAGAAUCAGUAGCGUCGGAGAUACAAAAGAAACAUCGCCCCAGGACAUCGAAGAUGAUAUCCCUCCGGCUACAGAAGAGAUUAUUGAGCAGCUUAUACAAGGUCUUCGUGACAAAGUCAUUACUAUCAGGUGGUCUGCAGCUAAAGGUAUUGGGCGAGUGACAGCCCGACUACCGAUAGAUUUAGCCGAUGAAGUCGUAGGGUUUGUGUUGAAUCUAUUUUCUGGUCGCGAAUCGGAUUCAGCAUGGCAUGGCGGUUGCCUGGCAUUGGCCGAAUUGGGGCGAAGAGGAUUGUUAUUACCUCAUAGAUUGGGGGAUGUAAUUCCCCUUGUUUUACAAGCACUGAUAUUUGACGAGCCACGGGCAUAUGGUUCUGUGGGAUCGAUAAUAAGAGAUGCUGCAUGUUACGUUUGCUGGUCUUUUGCAAGAGCUUUUGAAUCUGAAGUAUUACAGCCUUACGUCAAUCAGAUCGCUGCAACACUACUCAUCGUGGCUGUUUUCGAUAGGGAGAUAAACUGUCGUAGAGCUGCUUCGGCUGCAUUUCAAGAAAAUGUUGGUAGACAGGGUAACUUCCCACAUGGAAUAGAUAUUCUCACUGUCACUGAUUACUUUGAAGUAGGUGUACGGAGUAAUGCUUAUCUGAAAAUCAGCGGCCAUAUAGCCCAAUACGAAGAAUACACGAAGUCUUUGAUCGACCAUUUACUUACAAGAAAAGUCACACACUGGGAUUCUGCGAUUCGGGAACUUUCAGCUAAGGCCCUCUGCAAUUUAACUCCCAGGGAUCUUCGCUACAUGGUUGAAACAGUAUUACCAAACCUCCUUGAAUUGCUGAACUCUAUUGACUUGAAUACUCGCCAUGGAUCAGUUUUGGCUGUUGCUGAAAUUUUGGAAUCAUUACAUGUCAAUUCUGAUGACGAAAUCAAAAAUAUUAUCGGUAAACCAGCUGUCGAUCAGAUAAGUAAUAUUGUGAGAAUCUUCAGAAGUCGUGGACAAUUUAAGGGUUUGGGAGGAGAGUUGAUGAAGCAGGCAUGUGCGGUGCUAAUACGAAAAUGCGCCCGUGUUCGUUUUCCGGUUCAUUCAACCGAUGUUAUUGAUGACUGGCAAAGUUUAUUGGAAGAAUGUUUGAACCACGAGGUAGCUGGCAUAAGAUUGAAAGCAGCAGAAACGCACUCCGAUUUUUUCACUGAAUAUUAUACACCCGCUCACAUCAGUAAUGACGCUCGAAAGAUAAUAGUCGACCGGUACUUAAAUAAUUUGACUUCCAACAAUCGGAUUAACAGAAUGGGAUUUGCUCAAGCCAUAGGAUAUUUUCCAUUAUUCAUAUUGCGAGAAAGAGCCAAGGACAUGAUACAAGCAUUAGUCAAAUGCACGCACAUCUCAGAGCAGACUUUAAAGUGGGCAGAAAGUCGAAGAGAAGCUUUUCAUUCCCUCACAAUGGUUUGCCAAACUCUGGGAGUUGAAGAAUCAAAUACAUGGGAGCCAUACGCCCAAGAUUUAUACGACUGUUAUUUACUUGCUCUUGGCGAGUACACGAUAGAUAGCCGUGGUGAUAUUGGGGCCUGGGUCCGAGAGGCUGCUAUGACCGGUCUCCAGCUCUUAACGAAUCUGGUUUCACAUGCAAAACUGACGUCGAUUUUAAAUGAAAAAGUGAUGGCUCGUGUGAUAGGUGGUGUUGCCCAACAAGCUGUUGAAAGAAUCGACAGAAUUCGCGCACAAUCCGGCGCUGUGUUUAGCGGUCUUAUACAUAGUGAUACGGAACUUCCAAAUAUUCCAUACCACAACAAAUUGCGAGAACUGUUUCCACUGACCGAAUGCAAGGAUAAUAUAGAUUGGAAGAUGGAAUCGAUGACUUUUCCACGCUUUAUCAGAAUGCUUUCAUUCCCGCCUUACACAGUACCUUUGCUCCGUGGAAUAAUUUACAGUGUAGGUGGAUUGAGCGAGUCAUUGGUGAAACACUCGAGCAUGUCCUUUUUUUCUUACUUGAAAGAGAUUGAUCAAGUGACUGCGCAUAGAUUAUGUGAUCAGGUUUUGGAUAUUUUUGAAGAAAGCCACAAGAAUGAAAGGAUGAUAACUUCUCUUCUGGCAUUUAUGGUUCGUUUGAUAAGUUCUGGUUGUAUUCAAUUCAUUUUGGAUGAUCCAGAAAGUGGCUUUCCACGCCGGCUCUUGAUACUGCUUAAGAAAGAAAUCAAGUGUAUAAACAACACAAAACUUCUCAUUAGUAGCAUCGCAGUUUUUUGCCAGUUACUACAGGUGCAAAGCGAUGUGAACAAACAAGCAUUCGGUCAAUUGAGUAUAUUCUUAUGCAAUAAAUAUAUGUGCGUAAGAAAAAUAACAGCAGUACGCACAUACGAGGCGCUGACUCUUUAUGGAGAAGAUAUGUAUCUCCCAGAGGAGGAUCUUACGAGUAUAUUGAAUACACUCAACACGACCGAUUGGGAGCAACCUGUGGCGAUACUUCGCCCAAUCAGAAACCACCUGUGUGAAUUGAUGAAAGUUUCACCUCCUGUCACAAUAAAGAAACCUUGAAAAUUGUCAUGACGUUACACAAUUAAUAACAACGAUGCUUCUGUCGAACAUUUUUUAUAAUUGUAUUCUUCGAAUUUGCCAUUCACUCAACUUGUUAUAAAUAAACGCAGUGAAUAAAUUUUGAAA